AACAAAAUUGAAAGCAUGUUGAUUUUCUUCAGAUAUUACAUCGUGUUCCCCUAUAGCGAAUAGAUAAUGUAAAAAAAAAGUAAUAUUACAUAAUGGCUGUCAGUAAUGAAAAAGCAUCCAUUCGUACUCCGUGCCAGUGGGUGGGGGGGAUACUGUAUAUGUUGGUGUUGGAAACUACAAAAUUACGACCGUCUCAGAUGCAUAAUGGCGGAAAACUCAAAAGUUUACAGAAGAAGUUGAACGUGCCAUUGCUAUCCUUUUGACAAAACUCUCUCCUGCCAAAGUUGACUCUUCUCUGACCAGUGGAGAUGGCAGAGGUUGAUCAGACUGUGGAUCUGUCCAAGGCAGAGGCAGAGACAGAGACAGGAGAGGGUGGGAACGGGCAUCUGUCUUCCAGUGCAGACCAAAACAGUGGGUCCAGUACAGGACAGAAGUCUACCACCAAGAGGAAGCAUGAGGAGGAGGACGACAGCUCUCCAACUAAGAAACGGCAUGGUCAUGGAGAAAAGGUGGCAACCCAUUACAACCUGCUCCAGGAGACCGGCCUCGCUGCCAGGAGCCAGAGCAGAAUAUUCUACAUGAGGAACUUCAACAACUGGCUUAAAAGUGUUCUAAUUGGUGAGGUCCUGGACACGGUGCGUCAGAGCCGCAGAGAGCUGUCUGUUCUGGACCUGGGCUGUGGGAAAGGUGGAGACCUGCUCAAGUGGAGGAAAGGACACAUCAGCCGGCUGGUCUGUGUAGACAUAGCAGCAGUAUCGGUGGAUCAGUGCCAGGUUCGUUAUGAGGAUAUGAGGAAGAGGGGUCAUCCUAACGAACGUAUCUUCUCUGCAGAGUUCAUCACAGCUGACUGCACCAAGGAGCUGCUGACAGACAAGCUGAAGGAUCCAGAGAUGCAGUUUGAUGUGACCAGCUGUCAGUUUGUCUACCAUUACUCCUUUGAGACACAGCAGCAGGCGGAUCUGAUGUUGAAGAACGCCUGUGAGCAGCUGAGACCAGGAGGAUACUUCAUAGGCACCACACCAGACGCAUAUGAACUGGUGAAGCGUGUGGAAGCCAUAGACUCCAACUCCUUUGGUAACGAGGUGUUCAGCGUGACGUUUCAGAAGAAGGGCCAUUACCCUCUGUUCGGCUGUCAGUAUGACUUUAAUCUGGAGGGGGUGGUCAAUGUCCCAGAGUUCCUGGUUUAUUUCCCCCUGUUUGAAGAGAUGGCCAAGAAGUACAACAUGCGUCUGGUGUUUAAGAAGACGUUCUCCCAGUUCUUUGAGGAGCACAUAAAGAACAACCAGCACAAGAUGUUGAUGCAGAGGAUGCAAGCACUGGAGUCUUUCCCGACAGAAAACAGGAACAAGUCAUCCUCAGACAGCCUUGAUGAUUAUGAUCACGCCAAGAGAAAGGCUGACAGCCCUAAUGUCAAGCUGCCGCUGGGAACAUUGAGCAAGUCUGAGUGGGAGGCAACAAGCAUAUACCUGGUGUUUGCAUUUGAGAAAAUGUCCUGAAUGCCAGAGAAGAGAACCCCAGUUUGAGAAGUCGACUCGUCAAUAUAACAAUAUUACACUGUUUUUUGUUUGGUAUGUUUUGGGGGGGGGUGUUUUUGAAGAACAGACUUGCUACCCACUCUGCAGUGCUUUGGGCAGAGCAUGGGGGGGAAAAAAAUAAAAUAAAAUGGGGGUAGAAUUGCUAA